AUGUUAUCCCAGGAACAGCAGAUGAAAAAGGACCAUGUGCUAUAUAUCUGUCACGCAAGCCCCUCAGACAACCAACUCUUCCUGACCAACACCUACUUCCGGACACCGAAAGGUGGAGUGCAGCACACAAUCCAGAGCUCCAACAAGGGGAAGGGGAAGUACCGCCUCGACUUCAUCCUCAUGCGUCAGACGGACCGGCGUUUCGUGCGUAAUGUCGCCGUCCAACGUGUCGACUUCAAGGACUCUGACCACGACCUCGUACUUACGACUGUCCGCUUCCCCCCCCGUGUCGCACCCAACCGACGAGUGCGGGGGAACAGCGGAAGCAGCCGGAUCCGUAUCGACCUCGAGCGGUUGAGGAAGGACAAACACCUACGGGUCGCCUUCCAAAACAGGGCCUCCAGCGGCCCUCCGCCCACGGUGCUCAGGCGGCCAACGGGAGAGACCGCCACCGAGCUGACGGCUACGGUGAUGUCGGCCGCUGCUGAGACCGCGCCGCUGGCGAGGUGCGCACGAGGGCAGAGAGGCUGGUACACGAGCGAAGCGCAGCACGAGAUCUCAAAAGCGCCUAAAGAGAUUGAGGCGGCCCAGCAGCAACUGCGUGGGGCCUCAAAGAACAGCGCCUUCGAGGAGACCCUGAAGGCGAUGCUCAAGGCGGCGCGGAAGAAGCGCAGCAUCGCGAGGUGGAGAGCACUGGAAACGUCCUUCGAGGGCUAUUUACGGCAGCUCGAGAAAAGCGCCGCGAGGGGGAUCAGGCGGGUUUCUUCAGAAACCUGA